AUGUCUUCAUGUAAUCCAAAAAUUGCCAUUGUUGGUGCAGGCCCUGCUGGACUGACACUCGGUGUCCUGCUCCACAACCGUGGCGUCCCGUUCAACAUUUUUGAGCUGCGCCAACUUCCGAUGAUAGAAGAACUUGCAAAACCUUCUGGAUCCCUCGAUCUUCACGAGGACUCUGGUCUUGCUGCUAUCAAGGAGUGUGGGCUAUUCGACCAAUUCCUUCCACUGACUGCGGAGUGCUCUGAGGACGACAGGAUCGCCGACAAGGACGGGAACAUCCUCUACGCGGACGAGGGCGAACACUCGAAUCGCCCGGAAAUCUCUCGGCAUGCCCUGACCAAGCUUCUGUUGAGCUCCCUGCCAGUCGAUGUUGUCAGGUGGGAGCAUAAGCUGGUCUCAGUUACCAGCUCCACUACCUCCGGUCACACGGGGACAGAACUGAACUUCGGCCCCAGGGGCAAGCACAUCUUCGACCUAGUGGUUGGUGCCGACGGCGCCUGGUCGAGGGUCCGUGAGCUCCUGACAGAUGUCAAGCCGCACUACGCAGGGAUCCAAAACAUAACCGCCACCGUUCGUCACAUCACAGAGAAGCAUUCACACCUAGCCGAGCUUAUCGGUCGGGGAACCUUCGCCGCCCUCGGCAUCAGACAUGGUGUAUGUUCGCAGCGCGGAGCGGAGGACUCUGCCAGGAUCUACGUCUUCGUCACAACCUCCGACGAAGACUUUGCGACCAGUGCUGGUUUGGCCGGUAAGACGGCAGCAAAUGCCAAGGAUGUACUGCUGGCCAACGACACCCUUUUGGGAAAAUGGGGCACUAAGCUCAAGGAGCUUGUGCGUGUCGUGUUCGAUGCGGAGACAGCGGACAAUCCUGGUGCAAGCGUGGACGUCAAACCACUGUAUACGCUGCCAGUUGGAAUCAGCUGGGAUCAUAAGGCCGGAGUCACUGUGAUCGGCGACGCGGCGCAUCUAAUGUGUCCAUGGGCUGGUGAGGGCGUCAAUGUCGCUAUGUGUGACUCGCUCCUACUAUCACGAGCAAUCGUCAAGGCAUACGAAGCAGCCGGGCGGGAUGCGGCCUCAUUUCAGCGGACUCUCGAACCGCUGCUGGGCGAGUUCGAGGUCAACAUGAUGGCGAGGGCGAAGGAGAAGGCAGAGGAAACCUUUAGGAAUGGCCAGAUCAUGUUCGGAGAGUGUGGCGCGGCGGGCAUGGUGGAACUCUUCAGGAGCCACGGACAGCUGGAGCAAUAG